AUGCCCUUUGCGCAGCUGCCGUCUUGUGCACAGCAAUGCGGUGUGCUUUUCGAUGCCAACGGCGCUUGCGUCCCUCCCGCUGCCGCACAGGCCGACGAAACGACGUACGAGAAGUGCUUCUGCAGUUUCGGGGCUCUGCAGCCGUGGAAGACCGCUGCCACCGGUGUGUGUGAAUACGCUGGCUGUGACGCCGCGGGAUUCAGCAGUAUUCAAGGAUGGUUCACCGGCAUGUGUAAUGCUGUCGACGGCGCCGUCCAGACGUCGUCGUCAGCUUCUGCUACCAGCACGAGUAGCGGAUCCAAAGGUUCUAGCAAUAGUGGAAACGGAGGAGACUGGCUCUCCAACCACUGGAGAUGGGUAGUCAUGCUCGUCAUUCUCGUCGUCGCCAUCGCCGGUAUCUGGGUUGGUGCCUGCAUCUGGCGCCGCCGCUACCUCAGGAGAAAGGACCGCAUGUAUGAGCUUGGUAAGCACGCUCACAAGGGCCCCAGCGGCAUCAUUGCUGGCUCCGGCGUCGACGUCAACAACGCUGGUCUGGCUACUGGUCCCGGAUCAUUCAUGCCCGGGCCUGCAGCUGCCCCGUACGAGGAGAAGCCCAAGGAGAAGAAGAAGUGGACUGUCACUCAAAGGACGUGA